AUGACAUUGACUUUCGAUGAGUUUGAAGCAUGUAAAAGAGUGAUCAAGUUGGCCGAAGCUGAAGGAAAUCCUUAUAUUGAACAUAUUUUUAAUGUAAAUCGAUGGAUACAAGCAUACGAAGGAAAUGAAGAAGAAGCGGCUAAGAUCUUGAAAAGGCAUCUAAACUUGCGCAAAGUGAUGGGCUGGGAUGAUUGGCCAGAAGAGAGUGAGGGGUUUGAUGAAAGAGUUGAUCAAUUCGCUCCAUUAUCGAUUCUCGGGCAAAAUAAAGAUGACGAUAAUAAGGUGGUUCUUUUUGAGCAAAGUGGGAAAAUCGAUAUUCAUGGUUUGAUUGACAAUGCAAAGGUUACCUCAUUUAUGAGAGCGAAAUUUCGCUUAAUGGAACGAAUUCAUCGAAAAGUUAUCGAAUUGGAGAAAAAGACGGGACGCCAAUCAGGCGGCCUUUUGGUGAUGGAUUUGGAUGGAUUAGAGUUUCGGCCGGCAUUGCUUUCAUUACUAGCUGGUCCAUAUCGUAUUAUGUGGGGUACUUUAUUCGAGCAAUAUCCUCAACUCAUUCGCCACAUUCUCAUCGUGAGAGCCCCAAAAUUCGUGAAUCUUCUCUACUCGACGUGUAUCCCGUUCAUUCCGAAUGAUUAUAGGUCUCGACUGGAGAUUUGUUCAUCAUCGGAUCCUUCAAAUACUCUCCUAAAACAUAUCUCUGCUUCAUUGCUACCAAAAGAAUAUUGUCAAGGAGGAAAUGCUGACGAUGAGGACAAUUUUGAGAUGAUCACAAUUCCAAUUCCACUCUCACCAUUCCCCCCAUGCAUCGAUUCACCGGUUGAUCUUGACACGAUCUCCGUCUCAGCUGGUGAUAAACUCAUCAAAAAGUAUCACUGGGAAGCUGGCACAAAGCUUCACUUUUACAUGAAACAUUCCGAGGGAUUUCAUUUUUUCAUUUACUAUUCAAAAGACGAUAUUGAAAACGAGGAUUUAUGGCAAGAGAUUUAUGCGGGAAGUGAAAGGCCACCGUUGAGAUUGUGUGAUGAUUGGAAAUGGGAAACACCGAAAAGCGGCUAUUACUAUUUGUGUUUCGGCAACGAGAGAGCCUGGUUUUUCUCGGUCACUCUCCAAUACAGAGUCUUUCGCCUCAUCGGCGAGCAUCGACAAGUGGAAGAAGCGAUUGAA